AUGAUCCCAAGUGAUGGUAGUGUCAAAGUACGCGCGCUUGGAUUUGCACCGCUGUGUCGACCGAACGACAGUGGCCGGAUUUUGUGGGUUGGUUUGCAGGACGGUUCUUUGACGGUGGUGAAUAUGGAAACCGGUGAAACCUUGGGGAAACGCAUGGCGACUCAUCGCAAUGCUGUGAGCUUUAUCUUACGGUAUCGUAACACAGAACUGUGGACCAUCGACGAAGCCGGCGUUCUGAACAUUUGGCCCGUCUUGUCUGCUGCACAUCAAAAUGGCGAUAAACCUUACAAUCCUCUGGAUAUUACCAUUCAGCGGCAUCAAGUGGCGGUUGCUGCACAUACCGCCCUCAUCAUUGGAUCGGAUUUAUGGAUGUCGUCAGGAAGGAUUCUGGAUGUAUUCCAACGUCAAGGAAAGAAUAUGUCAAAAUCACCGCAUGUACGUAUCCUAGGCGAUCUCGGCAAUAUUACCCAGCUAGCCAGCGUCCCCUGCCAUAAGAAUCGAUUGUUUGCUGCGCACGACGAUGGCAAAAUCAGCAUUUGGAGCACAGAUACUGUGGAGAGAAUACAAUACCUUGUGGUGUCGGAAACCAGUCUUUGUUCCAUGGUUGUCGUUGGGGAUCAGUAUUUGUGGAUCGGCGACGGCAAAGGCGUCAUCACGGUCUACGACACCGCAAGCGAUCCAUGGGUAGCUGUGAAAUCUUGGAAAGCACACGAAGGCAGUGUCACCCAUAUGAUGGUUGACGAUUCCGGUUAUGCUCGCGAUGAAGUGACUACUCAGGUCAUCAGCACGGAUACCAAUGGAUGCAUCGCCGUCUGGGAUGCUUUACUGUCGGAAGAUUGGCAAGAGCAAGAAUUGGGACAGUACAUUGAUUAUUACUGUAAAUAUCGCGAUGUCAAGAUCAAAGUUUCUUCCUGGAAUGUGGAUGCUGUGAAACCCGAUAAAUUGGAAGAUGCGGAUCAUAAAGCUAUCAAGCAAUGGCUCGGCGACCUCGAUGAUCCCGAUAUCAUCAUCAUUGGUAUCCAAGAAAUUGUCGAUCUCGAAUCAAAGAAGAAUACAGCUCGAACUUUAUUACGCGGAUCACGGAAAAAGGAAAUGACGGUGAAGGAGUCGGACGAACUAUUGACGCAUCGAUAUCUCAAGUGGCACGACUAUUUGACGGAAGUAGUGAAUCAAAAUUACGGAGCGGACAACUAUUGCACGAUAAAAACCGAUCAGUUGAUUGGAUUAUUCAGCAUCGUGAUUGUGAAAAAGAAGGACAUUCCUCGCAUAUUCCAUUGCGAUUCCACUGUGGUCAAGACAGGCAUCAAGUUGAUGAACAAGGUUCUCUAUGGCAACAAAGGCGGCGUCGCUAUCCGAUUACUGUUUGAUCAUACUUCCUUUUGCUUCGUCAACUGUCAUCUUGCGGCCGGGCAGCAUCGUGUGGCCGAGCGAAAUGCGGAUGCCAAUGGUAUUUUACACACCGCGCGAUUUCCUGAUCAUCCAAACUACCUUGAUAUUUUCGGCAACGGUGGCGAUGGCAGCCAAAUUCUGGACCAUGAAUAUUGCUUUUUCAGUGGCGAUCUGAAUUAUCGAAUUGAAAUGCAGCGAGAAGACGUACUUCGGCAAUUGGAAAGCGAGGACUUGUCAAAGGCUAGGGAAGCACUGUUGCGGGAGGAUCAGUUAAACCAGCAACGUACCGGGAAUCCGUUGUUCCCACUUUUACUUUUCAAAGAAGCGCCAAUUCAAUUCAAUCCUACUUACAAGUAUGAACCAGGCACAGAAACGUAUGAUACCUCGGAAAAACAGCGCAUACCGGCAUGGUGCGAUCGGAUCCUGUUCCGGACUCCAGAAAGCACAGAGAAUCUGUUUUACCGACGCUAUGGAGUGACGGCUUCCGAUCAUCGACCUAUUAGUGCCGCGUUCCUGGCCAAGGUCAAGGUCAUUGAUGACACUCGAAGGGACGAAGUUCAAGAAAAAGUGAAAACAGAUUGGGAGCACCAUAUUGCCAAAGUACUCCAAAAGAAGAAGUUGCAAUACUUAUGGAAUUACGAUUUGUGCGAUAUGCAUGAAGCUUAUCAACGCUUGACCGCGGCUCGCUGGAACAUGCAAGAAGCACUUUCCGCCUUGUUGGUCGAAAAAAUACCCUCCUGA